UGUUAACUAGAGGUACACGCUGUGUCCGUGACCCGCCUCCGCCGUGGGUGGAACUGCGCCAAGCCGCCGCACCGUCUGCGAGAUCUCUGAUCCAAUGCCACACAUCUCUUGAUCGAAACUAGAAUUUCACUGUCACGGAGAAGCAGAGCGCGGAGUUCACGCUGUGUCACGAGUUUGAAAUUAGUCAAUACUAGGUUUCAACCAUAUAAAUGGACCGUGUUUCGUUCGUGACAUCGAGGAAGAGUUUCAUCUCCCAUCGCGAUAAGAACUGUGACCAAGAAGACCCUCGCAUUUUGGAGGAGUUGAAACGUCGCAGCAACCACGACAACCUGAUCAGAGCCUUCAAGCCGUUCAAAAUACUGCCGGAGCACAUCAACCCGCGCGUUCAGCGACCUCAUCCCGUGGUCAUACCGAUGCAGAAGCUGAACCAGACCACUGUGGCGCCGCCCGGACUGACGCCAUACAGAAGAAAAUAUGAAUUCGGCACGAAACGUCAUAAAAAGUAUUCGAACCGCGAUGUGCCGGAGAGAGCAUCGCGGCACAAGAUGAUUGAGAUCGUGGAGCAAGCCAUCUACGGCGCGCAGUACCGCCUGAAGGACGUCGAGCCCAUCGUCAACAAGUAUGUGGAUUUGGCCGAGUUCCGUAUCAGCUUUAUAUUCAAGCGGAUGGAAACGAUCGAGUUGGAAUUGGAGUACAUUUACUCGCACAUGUAUAAUGCUGGUCACCUGUGGGAUGCCUGGAGCGGCGCUAAGAUGAGGGUGUUCCUCUACAUCGUGUACUACGAAAUGGUUCUGAUGAAGAACGUGGACGUGCAGUACAUGGUGGACCUCCUGUUCAAGAUUCACGAAGAGGAGCAGAGGAAAAUGGCAGAGUACCUCAAACAGUCGAGUAUCAAUAAUAAUUCAGGAAUCCCGAGCAACACGACCGGACUGCCCUGGAACGCGACAGGCCCAGGGUCGCAGACGUGGUCGCCGGGACAGACCUUCCCACCAAGCGCUGGAUAAUUCUUCAAAUACGUUCGCUUCUUGGCAGCUUAUGAUUUUUAAGAUAAUAAAAAGAUAAAUAAUAUUAUUA